AUGCGAAGAGAAGGUCCAUUCGAUCGUCUAUUCGCAGCGUUCGCGUUCGGGAGAUCCUACUGGUUCUUGCUCCUCGCUCGGGUCCUCCAAGGCGUCGGGUCCUCGUGCUCCGCUGUCGCUGGCAUGGGAAUGCUGGCCGAGCGGUACCCAGAGGAUCGCGAGCGAGGAAUCGCGAUGGGGAUAGCCCUGGGCGGAUUGGCUUUCGGGUGCGUCAUUGGACCCACGUUCGGGGGAGUCAUGUAUGAGUUCGUGGGGAAGUCUUCGCCGUUCGUCGUCCUUGCUGCGUUGGCUCUCGCCGAUGCCAUUCUGCAACUAUUAAUACUGCAGCCUAAAAUGAAGCGGCAGGAACUGGCAAGACCAUCUCUAAAACAGCUUCUCAAGGAUCCCUACAUAUGCAUCGCUGCAGGUGGACUGCUAUUCGGGAACAUGGUAUUCGCCGUCCUCGAACCGACUCUUCCUUCUUGGAUGGAACGCACGAUGUGUGCUGCGAUUUGGCAACAAGGCGCUGUCUAUCUCGCGUGUUCCAUAUUGUAUCUGAUCGGCACCAACGUUUUCCCACCUCUCGGACAUAAGAUAGGAAGGUGGCUCGUCACGAUGCUGGGGUUCAUCUUUAUGGGGAUCAGCAUGGUGUUCGUCCCAGAAGCGAAUAACGUGUGGCUGAUCCUCGGGCCGUUGGCCGGAUUGGGAUUCUCCACCGCCAUGGUGGACACCAGUAUCAUGCCCGAAUUGGCUCGCUUGGUGGACCUAAGACAUUCCCCGAUCUAUGGGACUGUCUAUGCCGUCGGAGACGUCGCCUUUUGUCUCGGAUUCGCCGUCGCACUAUACGAUCCGUCGCUGCAGAUGCAAAGAAAGAGGAAUGCUGGGGAAAUGUCUCGCCUUCUCGGGAAUUUCCUCCUUUGCCUUCUCGCAGGACCUGCUUUCGCCGGGGCACUGGUGCAAGGCAUUGGCUUCGACUGGAUGCUGUAUGUCAUGGCCAUCGUCUGCUUCCUCUACUCCCCGCUAUUCUCCUUUCUUCGAAAUCCUCCUGCCCGCGGGGAAAAACGG